UCCCCACUCUCUCUCUCUGCUGCUGCUGCAUCUUUCUUUCGCUCUUCUCUUCUUUAAGAAAAUGGAGUUCGAGAACCGGUACGGGCUUGCUACGUCGCACAUGUACGACUGUCUCUUGUUUGAUUUGGACGAUACUCUUUAUCCCCUUAGCACCGGAAUCGCUAGAGAAUGCGGCAAAAACAUCAAAGAUUAUAUGGUCGAGAAACUCGGUAUUCCGAAAGACAAAAUUGUAGAAUUGUCUGAUCUUCUCUACAAGAACUAUGGAACAACAAUGGCCGGUCUUAGGGCGAUCGGAUAUGAAUUUGACUACGAUGACUACCAUAGCUUCGUCCACGGUCGUUUACCGUACGACAACAUUAAACCCGACCCUGUUCUUCGCAGUCUCUUGCUUAGCCUCCCUCUCCGUAAAGUCAUCUUUACGAACGCGGACAGAGUUCACGCGGCCAAGGCGUUGAAGAAGUUGGGAUUGGAGGACUGUUUCGAAGGAAUCAUAUGUUUCGAAACGCUUAACACGAUGCACAAAACCGAUGCGUCUAAAGAUCCCGAGAUUUUUGAUAUCGCUGGACAUUUCGACCGGUCUGAACCCGUCGGCUCACUUCCCAAAACGCCUGUUGUGUGUAAACCGUCUGAAUCUGCUAUUGAGAGAGCUCUAGAAAUCGCCAAUAUUGAUCCUAACCGAACGCUGUUCUUUGAGGACAGUGUCCGAAACGUACAAGCUGGAAAACGCGUUGGUCUUCACACAGUUCUGGUUGGUAAAUCAAACAAAGUCAAAGGAGCUGAUUACGCGUUGGAAAACAUUCACAACCUGAAAGAGGCCAUACCGGAGUUAUGGGAAUCCGACAGGAAGUCGUCGGAUGUUGGAUAUUCCGGCAAGGUCGCCGUUGAGACAUCUGUUACAGCUUAGGAGCCUUUUCGCCCUUGUACCUAAUUUUCCACCACUGUCAUUUUCAAUUUCUUGUUUUUCCUUUUUUUUUCAAAUGACGUAAUGUCAUUUUUGGUUUUUGUUUUCUCGACUUGUGUUUAUAAGUUUAAAUAAAAUAUGAGGAAAUAAGUUCCAUUCCAUCUACUAGUUUGUAUUUUGUAGGAGAAAUAAAAAUAAAAAUAUUAUUCGGGUA